AUGUCGUCCUUCCAGAGGUCAGGCAAGACUGCCCCGCGUCUUGUUCAAGACAUCCACGAUUAUGAUUUCAUUCAUCCUCCGAGCACAGGACGGAACCUUCUCCGCGAUAUCCCACCUGUCUACCCCGAGCACUGCGACGGUGAAGUAGAAUACAUUUCGGCUUCAGCAUGCCGCCAUCAAUACGUGACUAAACCUGCCCAAAGCUUUCUACAAGCGGGCGCUACAAGCCCCCCGAAAGUCUCGGCCGUGUGCUUGAAAUGUCGAUGUCACUUACAGGUCAUCGUGAAUCUCACCUCCGCCCUCGGCCAUACCCACCAGGACCCAGAUCAUGUCCAUCAUCUUGUCUAUAAGUCUGGAAGACAGGUGGGCGGGCCUUCGCCAGAAGAGAUCACGCCCAAAGGCCAGACGGCAGAAACGUAUCGCUACGAAUGCUCCUACCUCACUUGCUCCAUCGCUGUAUCGGUGCGAAUCGCUUCUCCGAUUCUCAACGAGGACUGGACGCAGCUCUUGACAGAUCCUGAAGUCUUACAGAAACGCGCGAGUGAAGCGAUGGCAACGUACCCUGACCGGAUGGAAGGAAUGGCCGUGCCGGAUCCCCUCACCGUCCUGCUGACCCUGCAAGCAUAUAUGGCAAACGCUCUUAAUGAUGGCCAGCGCAGCAAGUCAAUAUCAUCUGUCAAUAAAAGAUUCAUGAACUGCUUCGGUAUCGAAGGGCGGCCUUGCAAAGAAUUGCUGGAGUUUUUGGAGUUUUCCGCCAAAAACGAAGGCUUUUGGGAGCCUCCUCGGCCUAGUCCCUGGGCAGAAUUUCCCUACCACGAUCAGCUGAAAAUAUUUCUUGAUGACACGCUCCAUGAACUCGCUGCACUUAUAGAGCAGAGACCAGUAAUCGAGAAGAAAGGGCACCAGUUAGAAUUCAACCACAAUCCCGCCAUAAACGAACUCCUCUUAGCCCUUGGAGCUCUGGAGUAUCCGAGGGCCUUCCGAACAGACGGGUUUCAAAUGGCAUCAGAACCGGUUUAUGAAGAUCUGGGGACCGUUGAAGAUAUGUCAGCUGUCGCCAUAAUAGACGCCUUCAAUCGACAAGUCUCGGUAGACCCGGCCAGAACUUCGAUGUAUCUUCACUGUCUCAAAUCGAUUGGAAACCUCCGGGGUGGGGAAGAUAAGACUCUUAUUGACCAGGCGGUUGAGCUGGCUUACGCAGAAGGGAAAUACACAAACGAGGAUGUCUAUAAUGCCUACAGGUACUUUGGACUGAGUUAUGACGACACUCGUCUCACGGAGGAUAGCAUCAUCGGGAAGUUCUAUGCUUAUUUGAGCUCCACGACCCAGGAGGACGAAACCCGUCGGCAACUCUGGAUAAUUGGUGACAGCAGGCGCAGCGACCGCAUACAAUCAGCAGCUGAAGACAGAGUUGCGACUGUCGAACAAGCUCAAGUAUUCCUGGGUGUCAACAAUGAUACGAGUGACGAUUUCAUUAUGGCCAUGUACACCGCCAAGGUCAAUGACAGCCCGUCGACUAAAGAACUCUCCCGGCGGGCUAUUGAGCUCAUAGGCGAGGCGCGGAAGUCGAAUGCCCUCAAACACUUCCUGAGUACUGGUGAAAUGACUAGCGGUGAAAUGGACAUUGGGGAUGCCUAUCGGCUACUUCAGAUUCCCGAUCGCACUGUAGAUGAAGGGGCGAUCAUGGCGGCUUACACGAUUUGUGUGGAUGAGGCUCCUGCGCAAGUCGAGACCUACAACCAGGCAUUGGCCAUAAUCGCAAAAGAGAAGAACAGCCCGUUGUUGAACAGUAUGGUUUCUGGAUCUGCUCCAAAACCGGUCCACAACAUGUCGGAAUGGCCAGUAGGGCUGGAAAACAUCGGCAACACUUGCUAUCUGAACAGCUUGCUACAGUUCUACUUUUCAGUGCGCCCAUAUCGCCAAAUGGUACUGAAUUUCGAGACAUUCAAGAUGACGAUCAACGAGGAGAGUUUGAGCAAGAAGCAGGUGGGAUCUCGCAAAGUCUCCCGAAAGGAGGUCGAGCGGUCUCAAAAAUUCUUGAGAGAACUGCGGACUCUGUUUAGUGAUAUGAUUCACUCUCCCACUUCUUUCGUCAUCCCGGGCCAGGAGUUAGCACGCUUGACUUUGAUCAGCCCCUCGAACGAAGCCGCCAUACGGCGUCGAUCGACGAUAUCUGCCAUAAGACCUGUCGGCCUCGGUGAAAUAAAUGGCGCCCCGGUUUUGGGCCCUCUUGGACCACCCCAGCCAACUACGGAAGGCGAGAUCCAGAAUCCCGCAGCACUCGAUGCGGAAAAGCCCCAGCGCACAACAACAAGCGAUGUUGACAGCGACGCAACCCUUGUCUCCGAUGGUAAUAAGAACGCGACAUCAGCUUCGAGUGAUGAUGCCACGAUUGCUCCUAACGAUGAUCACACUAUCGGACCCAGUGAUGACAAGGAAAACGAGCUACCGCAACCCGCUGACUCCGUGAUGACCGACGUGCAGGGUAAAUCAACCCCUGAAGCACCUCAAGCCAGUGGCCCGGAUAACAAACCCUCUGAGGAGCAAGCCGCGCCUUCUAAUAAACCCCCACCCGUGCCCCCUCGACCUGCGCCACAAGGUGACUCGCAGAAACAGCAGAUACUAGAUGAGGUUGAGAUCGGAGCGCAGCAGGAUGUGACGGAGGUCAUCAACAACGUGCUUUUCCAGAGCCAGUGUGCCAUCGAGCCAAACUCCAUAGCUCCGGACGGUGAGCAAAUUGACCGAAUUAAGGACCUCUUUUACGGACAAGCCAGAUCUUACAUCCUUUCCAAUGAAGGCGUACGAUCCAAGGAAGAACGAUGGUGUGAUAUCAAAAUCGAUGUUGCAACUGGAUCCCGCGACAUCUAUGCAGCCAUUGACGGUGCUUUUGAUAUCCAAAAAGUCAACGUCGGUGACUCGGUGGCGGAGCAAUAUAGUGCCAUAAGCAGACUGCCGCCGGUACUCCAGGUCCAGGUCCAGCGGGUUCAAUUCGAUCCUGUGAAGAAACGCUCGUUCAAAUCCACGCACCACCUUGAACUCAAGGAAACCAUCUAUCUCGACCGUUAUAUGGAUACUCAGCAGCCAGAAAUCUUGGAUCGCCGACGCCAGUGCUGGGAAUGGAAGGAUAAUAUAAGGAAGUUGGAGGCUCGACGGGAUGAGUUACUCCGCGUUGAAGAAACCGAUUCCUUAGAUAUGCCGACCUUGUUCAACAGCGCCAGGGAGGGCCUCGAAGACCUGAACACUUUGAAAGACGACUCUGAGUUUGCAGAUGACGCCAUCGAUGUUAACCCGCAACUGUUCCCUGAACUUGAGCAGCUCUCCCAGCUAGCGAGGUCUCAACUAAGCAGCAUCGACCAGGAGAUUAAGGAUACGCAGACGAUGAUAUCCAGUCAGUUUGCCGACUCCAGGCGUCUGCCAUAUCGACUCUAUGCGGUCUUCGUUCAUCAUGGGUCUGUAACAUUCGGCCACUACUACAUCUACAUUCGCGACUUUGAACGAAACAUCUGGCGCAAAUACAAUGACAACUACGUGACCGAGGUGAAUGAUCUGGACGAGAUCUUUAUGAACAAUGACCGCCAGAAUCCGCCUACGCCGUACUUUCUCGUGUAUGUCAACGACGGCAUGAAGGAGCGUUUAGUCGAUCCCGUUUGUCGAGGGGUUGUUGAGAACCAGGCCGACAACCACGAACCUCAAGGGCCUGCAGACCCACCUACCGACAUGGAAGGAGUCACCACUCAGGCAGCACCCAGCGAAGUGGAAAUGAAUCCACCGUCGUAUGAGGAGAUCUGGACUGACAAAGGUGCAACAGGUACGGGAGAUCACCAUCGAGCCGUCGCGGCGGGAGACGGCAAGGAAACUCCAACAGGGCCGUCGAAAGAAAACACUAACAACCAGAAUGUGCAAUGGUAG